CGCCUUUUCAUGAGCAUUGAUAAAUGAUACUAAAUGGAAACUGAUAAGAAAUUAAUUAAUUAAUAUUUCGUGUAUAAUAUUUGAUAAGAGAGAGUGAGGAUAUCUGGAUAUACAGUAGCGCCACUAAAAAGCGAUUAAUACGAUAGAGGGAAAAAAAAGAUGGAGAAUUCGCGAGCAUUAUCGAAGUCGCAUUCCAAAUUCUUUUCGUCUCUAAAGCAGGUUGAAAAGAGACUAAAAUUAGAGCAUACAGCACCAGUAGAAUCUCAAUCUCAAGAGACACAAGGAAGCGACUCUGUUUCUAGUUGUUCAGCCAUGUUCCUUGGCAGCGCUCAUGGCUAUGGUGUUGUUCCCCAAGAUAGCAGUGAACCUCCUCUUGCGUUCCUCUCUAUUCCUCAAGGAUUCACAGCUACUCUUCCAUGUAGUGAUGGAACUGUAAACAAUGCUACUCAACGUGAUGAAACUGCAGUGACUGAUGAUGAUGACAUUGAGAGGCUAAUGCAGCUCUUGGGCUUAUCGGAGAAGGAACAACGGGAUGAUGAAGGUGGGUUUCAUUCAAAGAUCGUUGAAGAAGAUGGGGAUUCUUGCCACUGUGAAGGUGGGUUUCAUUCAAAGAUCGUUGGAGUGGUGGGGCCCAAGUGUCGCAGGGAGGUGAAGCGGUUAGAUGGUUGGAUCAAACACUUCCUCAGUGGUGGUGGGCAAGACAAGUUAGAGCCUUUGAGACUUGCUCAUUUACUUUUAGGGAAAGCUGCUUUUGUUUCUGAGGGUUCUGAUGGUGCUUUUGGAGGAUUGGAGUUCCCUUCAACCAUUCAAGAAUUUCUUCAUAAUGAUCCUCCCACUAACUGA